AUGCCGAUGCAAAGUAACGCCACUAAGCUCAAACUGCUGCUAUUGAGCGAUCUGAAGGGACAGAUUCCACGCGUGAAUCAGCUGUGCGAGGAGAUGGUAAGCUCGGACGACUGCAAUGUAGACGCUGUUCUUGUAGCUGGCGGUCUAGUCGCUAAGCGAGGACCACAAGACUACGAGGUGCUCGAGGCCGUGGCGGCUGCUGAAGGAGAUAUGAUGGCGCUUAUCUCGCGGCUUGAGAUGAUCAUAUGCCGCGUACUGUACAUUCCAGAUGAAAACGAUCCACCCACAACACGCAGCAUUGUCCUCUCGACGCCAUCGUUGACGCAAUACUCGUCGAAUGUAUAUUGUCAAGAAGAGCAAUUGGUCGAAGGCGUGACAGUCAUGGGUGAAGCACGAUAUUUCAAAUUGGUGAAAGAUGGAAAGAACCCGAUGCAGGACCGUGAUAUGGUGCUAGUACUACGUGACUCGGCGUUUCAGGCUCGUCUACCUGAUGUAGAAAGCUCUUUUUUUGCUGGUUUGCUACCCAUGCUACAACCCAAUAAACCAGAGGAGCAGCAGGCGCUGGAGAUCAUUGGUGGCAGUGACCAGCAUCCACAUGCACAGCUUCCAUUCAUAUAUCCAGGUUCGUUGCGGUUGGGGCAAUAUACUAUCUUACAGCUGGAAAAAGAUCCUCUUGAAGAUACUUGGGAUGUUGCAGCCGUUAUAUCCCAUCAGCUGGAGAAAAAGGACGACGACGACGACGCUCAUUCCACAUACUAG